AUACUUCAAUGUCUAAAAAUUUGAUUUUUGUUAUUUUUUGUUUUCUGUUUUUUUUAUUUUCAUUUUCAUUUUUGGUCUAUAUACUGUAUUUGGUCUAUACGGUAUACAUACUGUUACUGAGUGUGUUUUCUAUAUAAUUUUUAUAGUUAUAAUAUCAAGUGUUAUCAAAUGGAAGUCAAACAAGAAAUUGGCGAGGAAACGGGUAAAGUAAAAAUAAAAAUAGAGUAUAAUGAAUUAUUGGAUGGUGCUCUUCUGGAUGGAUUUAAAUGUGAAAUUCCCGAGGAAUCCAAUAGUCAAAGUACAUAUGACACAAACGAUUAUUUUUUAGACUUAAAUAAAUGUCCUAUAGAUACUGAGAUAGAACAACAUGAAUAUAAAUUUACCUCAUUUGAAGAAAACCAAAAAACUGAAAAAGGUUAUCUCCAAAACGAUCAGAGAAUGGACAUUAUGGAGACACUAAUUGAAGAUUCUGAAGAAAAUUACAUGAGUAAUCACUCUGAGGGACAAACCGUAAAUACAAAUAUAGAAGUUACAACUGGACAAAGACCUUACAAAUGCGAAAUUUGUUUGAAACAGUUUUCUUACAAAUGUUAUUUGAAAACACAUUUGUUUUCACACUCUCGGGAAAAACCUUACAAGUGUGAAAUUUGUUUAAAACAGUUUAGUAGAACAGUCGAUUUGACAAGACAUUUGAGAGUGCACACUGGGGAAAAACCUCACAAGUGUCAAAUUUGUUUUAAGAAAUUUAGUGAAGCAAGUACUUUGAAAAAACAUUUGAAAGUGCACACUGGGGAAAAACCUUACAAGUGUGAAAUUUGUUUAAAACAGUUUAGUGAAGCAAGUAAUUUGAAAAAAUACUCGGGAGUGCACAGUGGAAAUAAACCUUACAAGUGUGAAAUUUGUUUAAAACUGUUUACCACAGCAAGUCAUUUGAAACAACAUUUAACAACGCACACUGUAGAAAAACCUUACCGGUGUGAAAUUUGUUUCAAGCAAUUUAAGCAAGCAGGUUCUUUGAAAACGCAUUUGAGAUUGCACACUGGAGGAAAACCUUAUAAGUGCAAAAUUUGUUUAAAACAGUUUAAUAGUACAAGUGAUUUGAAAAAACAUUUGAGAGUGCACACUGGGGAAAAACCUUACAAGUGUGAAUUUUGUUUCAAACAGUUUAGUGAAGCAGGUUCUUUGAAACAACAUUUAACAACACACACAGGAGAAAAAUCUCACCAGUGUGAAAUUUGUUUAAAACAGUUUAGUAAAGCUAGUACUUUGAAAACACACUUGAGAGUGCACACUGGGGAAAAACCUUACAACUGUGAAAUUUGUUUUAAGCAGUUUUCUCAGACAGCUUCUUUGAAAACACAUUUGAGAGUGCACACUGAAGAAAGAUACAAGUAUGAAAUUUGUUUCAAACAGUUUAGUGAAGCAGGUUCUUUGAAUCAACAUUUAACAACACAUACUGGAGAAAAAUCUUACCAGUGUGAAAUUUGUUUAAAACAGUUUAGCGCAGCAUCUUCUUUGAAACAACAUUUGAGAGUGCACACUGGAGAUAAAUCUAACAAGUGUGAAAUUUGUUUAAAACAGUUUAGUAGAGCAAGUACUUUGAAAACACAUUCAAGAGUGCACACUGGGCAAAAACCUUACAAGUGUGAAAUUUGUUUUAAGCUGUUUUCUCAGACAAGUUCUUUGAAAACACAUUUGAGAGUGCACACUGGGGAAAAACCUUACAAGUGUGAAAUUUGUUUCAAACAAUUUAAUACAACAAGUAAUUUGAAACAACAUUUAACAACACAUACAACCUUACUUUAAAAGAGUUGAGUGAAACAGGUAUUUGAAAAAACAUUUGAGAGUGAACAUUGCGGAAAAACCUUACAAGUGUUGUUCAAUCACAAAUUAGUCCACUAAUUUGUAAUCUCACAUUAUUCUUAAUUUCCUAAGUAUUUAUAGUUUCACCUUGUAUAAUUGUGAAACAUAUCGAUUAAUAGCUUAAUAAUCAUUAGAGUUCAUUGAACUUCCUGCAAACUAAAUAAAUUGCUAAAUAGUAUUAUUUCUAAUUGUUCCUACCAACGGCGGAUCCAGCAACCUUGCAAGGAGGGGGCAUUGAAAUAAAAAUUUUCUCGUCACUCGCGUACGCAGGAUUCUCUUUCGGUAUGGGCUGGGCUGUUACUUUAUUUUUCUUCAUGUACCAUGUCCUUUCAGAACGUUGGUUACUAUCAUAACUAUCUUAAUUUUAUUCACUGCCACCCUAAAUCAACCACGAAGUGCUUUUUCGUACUGGACUGCGUUUGCCUUCUAUUUUCACUUGCAUAAUAUUUUGUAGCAACCUAUAUUUGAAACUUCUCAUUACAUGUCCAAAAUACUCCACUUUUCUCUUCUUGAUGCUCUAUACCAGCGGUUCUCAAUCUGUGGUUCAUGUACCACUGGUGGUACAUAUCAUUAUUUGCGGUGGUACACAAAACACACAAAAACUUAAAAUAGUAGUACAUAGUAAGUCUUGAUUAUACAAUCUAAAAAUAUAGAAAUAUAAUAAAAGAAACUUUAGAUGGUACAUGACUCAAAAAGAUUGAGAAUCGCUGCUCUAUACUCUAUAUACUAUAAUCUCAGUAGUCUUGAUGAGACGUUCUAGUACUGUGGAGUUUCGAAUCUUCUUCACCCAAGAUACUUUUUCUUCUAUAGAACCACAUUUCUAAAGCCUCAAGGCGAUUUAGGUAAGUAGAUCGAUUUUAUUCACAGUCCAAGACUCGACAUCAUACAGUAAGACCGAGAACACGUACUUUGGAGAAGGAAUUCUGUUUUAUGUUUCAUUCCGUUAUUCAGUUGUCAACAGUACACAAAACUCACUAUUUAUUUUCAAUCGUAAUUAUCUCUUUCUUAAAAAAAGGCGACACCAUGCGAAGUCUCAAGGAGGGGGCAAUUGACCCCAUUGACCCCCCUUUGAAUCCGCGCCUGCUACUUCUAAGUGUUGCAAUUGCUUCCUCGAUUAAGUAAAUUGAUUUGGUAAGCUUUCAAAUUUCAAACUUUUUGUUUCUAUGCAACAGGCAAUAAAACUUAUUGAUACUUUUAUACUAGUAUACUUUUGUUGAGAUUAUAAAUUAGCUUUACGGACUAUUUUGAGUCGCAGUGUAUUUAGAAUACUUACCUCAUUAACAAGUGCGUAAGUCAUUGUUCGAAGUUACGCCGAGUGUAAUUAGCGCUAUGUCUUUUUAGGGCAGUCUAUUAUAACUUUUUACCUAAUUAACACCUGUAGUGUAGUAAUUCAGUAGCUGUCAAUAAAACCAUAUUUUUUACUCCA